CGCUAAAUGUCUCUGGCUGUCUCUGGCCAUACCAGACUUGCUGAUGAGGUGGUAUUGGUAUUGACAGUGGCUGGCUGGUACGCGAUGGACCAGCCAGUGCAAGAGCGGCUCACGUGAGAAGCGAAAGAACCUGCCCUAGAGGCGCGUAUCGAAAAACUUAAAAAACUUGCACAGGCAAUAUCGUUUCUUUCAUUUCAUCGAUAUCGUUUGCAUCCCUACAAUGUCUUUCAACAUCGCAUCUCUUGAGCAGCACCUUUCCACCAGGUCUUACGUUGAAGGGUACACCCCAUCGCAAGCAGAUGUUCACGUCUUUAAAGCGAUUACCGCUGCCCCUGACGCUGGAGCACAUCCUCAUGUGACAAGGUGGUACGCCCACAUCAAAUCUUACAGUGCCGAGCACGAUGGCCUUCCGGGAUCUAGUACCGCCGGCCAGAAAUUCACCGAGGCUGCUCCCGUUGCAGAAGCAGCGGCUGAAGAAGACGAUGAAAUCGAUCUUUUCGGAGAAGAAGAUGAAGAAGAAGAUGCUGAAGCAGAGAGAGUCAAGGCCGAACGUGUUGCCGCCUACCAUGCCAAGAAAGCCAAUAAACCGAAGACGAUUGCGAAGUCUGUCGUGACUCUUGAGGUAAAACCCUGGGACGACGAGACGGACAUGAAGGCUCUAGAAGAAUCCGUUCGAUCUGUUGAGAUGGAGGGCCUUGUAUGGGGCGCCAGCACGCUCGUAGCGAUUGGUUACGGCAUUAAGAAGCUUCAAAUAACGUUGGUUAUUGAGGAUGAACUCGUCUCUCUCGAUGACUUGCAAGAGCAGCUUGCUGGACUUGAGGACUACGUCCAGAGCACUGAUGUUGCUGCCAUGCAAAAUUGUAAAAUAUCUUUACGAAUCGGGUUGUGUCUUGUUGUCUGUGCCAUCAAGUGUAGGGUCUAGCUGUAUCGCCGUAUUCGAAGAAGUGUAGUAACUGAUAAAUGGAAAUACCCGGUGGGGGUUAUAUGAUCUUGGAAGGUGAUGGGGAUAACUGAAUUUAU